AUGAACAAUUACAUUGCGAAUGCCUCCAUCGCCAGUUCGAAUGACGAAUCGCAGAAGAGCGAAUUGCAAAAGGACACAAGAGAAGACAGCCAAAGCAACAACGAGGACUUCGAGAUGGAGGAAGAGGAACGCAACCAAGAAAUCAACAUCCUGGCAAUUGGGAUAGAAAUUGACGCUUGCCGCAAGAAAGCAGCAGAAAAGUUGAUAAAGGUUCUGGAAAACCCCGAGGCUAAACUCGACGAUAUAAGAAAGGCCCAAGAAGAGGUGGCCAACACCAAAGAGCGUUGGGUGGCUUUCUGUGACGCCCAAGAGAUGAUGUCCAGCCCAUCAGCCGUUGAGGUCUUCAGGGCCAAUAUUGAGAAGAAAGCCGGAAAAUACCGAGGCAACAACAAGGCAGACUCCUUCGUUCCCCCCAACCUUCCUGCCUUCCAGCUUCGUGGUGGACCAGUCCGUCAGACCAACAAGGCGGUCCACGACUCCAUCGCCGCGUUUUUGAACGACUUCGAAGUGCAGCUCCGGGCACACAACCUGGAUUUUGAUCAGCACUGGGAACGCUUGUUCUGGCUUACCUGUGACGAGAGACAACGCGUCUCAUUUGAGAAGACAAGGGCCGGAAGAGGUUUGAAGUGGAAGGAGGUACGCCAGCAGCUAGAAAGCGAGCACGGUAACCCGUACCACCUGUGGAUCAAGAAGCAUGAAGUCCACUGCAUGCUGCAAAAGCCAGGAGAGCUCGUCAGAGCAUACGCGGAAAGAUUCCUGGACAGCGUUCAUGCCGCCAACCUCGACAGUAGCGACGAGCUUGUAUGGCUCUUCACCUCCAAGCUGUUGAGACCUGUAAGAGAGAAAGCGUGGCAAACACUUACGCAGCACUACGGCUUGGUUGUUCCCAAGAACAUACACCAAGUCAUACCGUUGAUUGUGGCCACUAGUGGUGAGGAGACAGACUCCCUGUUCCAAGAGGAACGUGAGGUAUUCGGGAUUGUUUAUGGGUUAGUAUCUCAAUAA